ACUCCAGAAAGUCCUGUCGUGUCGUCCAGUCUCUACUUUGCGUACCAGGGCCUUCCUCCCCAUUUGGGUGCAUCCAGCGGAUCGCCCCACAAAAACUUCGAGGAAUCGGUCACCAACAGAGACGACUUGUCGGUGUCAUUGAGACACAAUGACUCGGUUUUCUCGCUCAGUGACAGUGGAGUGUUGAAGCCGCCAAUGGCCCACCAGAACCAGUUUUCCAGUGGCGAAGAAGAUACCUUGAACGACAUGCGCAAGACAAACUCCACCUCCCCCCACUCGACAGACUUACCCCCAAAAACUCCCACCAACAGGCACACUAACGACUCGCACGAUUUUCCUCCUAAGGCGUCUGGCUCCACCUUGGUUCCACCAAGCUCGCCAUUUCAGAGAACCCUUCGUAGAGUGGCCUCUGCUCCGUUGGUGCACAGACUCUUGAGCGAGUCGAAGCCGACCCCAGCCAGCGCCCCAAAUGCCGAGGAUGAGGAGUUCGACAUCAAUAAGCAUAUUGGUGAGCUCAAGAUAACAGGAAGACCCAGAACCUAUACCCAAGAGAGAAUGUACUCGUCAGCAGCCACCAAGAUCAUGGAUGUCCAGGUCAACCUGGACUGUUUCGAGAAAAUCAGGCUUCUUGGCAAGGGUGACGUUGGUAAGGUGUAUCUUGUCAAGGAGAAGGUGUCCAAUAAGCUCUAUGCCAUGAAGGUUUUGAACAAGAAGGAGAUGAUCGAGCGCAACAAGAUCAAGCGGGCGUUGGCAGAACAGGAAAUUUUGGCCACCAGCAACCACCCGUUCAUUGUCACGUUGUACCACUCGUUCCAGUCCCACGACUACCUCUACUUGUGCAUGGAGUACUGUAUGGGUGGUGAGUUUUUCAGGGCUUUGCAGACCCGAGAAACCAAGUCCAUCGCAGAAAACGAUGCAAAAUUCUACGCUGCUGAAGUCACAGCCGCUUUGGAGUAUCUCCACCUCAUGGGAUUCAUCUACAGAGACCUCAAGCCCGAAAAUAUCCUCCUUCACCAGUCGGGUCACAUUAUGUUGAGUGACUUUGACUUGUCCAAGCAAUCUGAAAGCACCAAGAACCCGGAGAUUUUCUUCAACAAGGGCAGUCACUUGUCCUCUAACAGCAACUCUAGCCACGCGGGUGGUUUGAGUUUGGACACCAAGGCAUGUAUUGAUGGGUUCCGUACCAAUUCGUUUGUGGGUACCGAGGAGUACAUUGCGCCUGAAGUCAUCAAGGGAAAGGGUCACACUUCAGCUGUUGACUGGUGGACUCUCGGGAUUUUCAUCUUCGAGAUGUUGUACGGAACCACUCCGUUCAAGGGUGCUGACCGAAAGAAGACGUUUGCCAACAUCUUGAAGAAGGACGUCAAGUUCAUGGACACCCAGUCGAUCUCGUCCAACUGCAAGAGCCUAAUUAAGAAGUUGCUUAUCAAGGACGAGGUUAAAAGACUCGGUUCCAAGACCGGGGCAUCGGAUAUCAAGAACCACGCAUUCUUCAAGAACACCCAAUGGGCGUUGUUGAGACACCAACAGCCUCCAAUGAUUCCCGUCUUGACCAAGAACUCCAAGAAGUAUGAACGUCCGACUGACAGCGUUGAUAUGAGUGGCCCCAAAGACAACAAGACCAAAAACGGGGCUGUGGACUCCAACGACCCGUUCCGUAACUUCAGUUCGGUUACUUUGCACUAUAGCGAGCAAGAGGCCAGCGAUUCCGCCGUCUACAACGCUGAAAGCACCGCCUAUACGAGCGUCGCAUACACAAUGACUAGUGGAAACACCUUCAAGAGUCCCAUGAAGCAGAAAGGGUUUUUAAAGAGGUAG